AUGACCAAGACUAUCAUAAAUCUGUCAUGUCUUAUUUUAAUACUAUUUCAGUGUGUAUCACAAUCGUAUUCGCAAUGGGACUUACCACCCGGUGUCAUUCUAGCAUUUGCUGGUACUACAGUUCCAGAUGGAUGGUUGUCAUGUGAUGGCAAUGCAAUUAGUCGUCUUCAGUAUCAAAAUUUAUUUCUAGUCAUUGGUACAAUUUAUGGUGUUGGAGAUCAUGUAACUACGUUUAAUCUGCCUGAUUUUCGAGGAAGAACCCUUGUUGGUGUCGGUCAAGGUCCGACACUUACAAACCGUUUAUUAGGACAAAGUUUCGGCACAGAAAAGCAUAUACUAAGUGUAAAUGAAAUGCCAGCACAUUCACAUGAUGUUAAUGAUCCAGGACAUGCACAUAAAAUGGGAAAUCCAGUAGGACAAGUAUGGGAAACGGCCGGUGGUAAGACCAAUCGAUUUUCAUACGGUACUAAUAAUCAUGGAGUACCUAACAAUCCUCCCACGCAAACUGAACGUACUGGAAUCAGCUUAAAGACAACUGGUUCUAGUGCAGCACAUAAUAAUAUGCCACCAUCACUUGCCAUCAAUUAUAUCAUAAAGGUAUUAAUGAGAAAAUUUUAUUUUAUUGAAUAG